AGCCAUGAACACUCAUCCCAAAGAGAUGGUGCCCCUCAUCAGUAGGAGAACCACUGCCCCCUGUGGGAACUCUGUUGUUCUGUCAGAGAAGAGGCCAGCAGAACUCACCCCCACCAAGAAGAGUGCACAUUUCUUCCUGGAGAUAGAAGGGUUCGAGCCUAACCCCACUGUCACCAAGACCUCUCCCCCCAUCUUCUCCAAGCCCAUGGACUCCAACAUCCGGCAGUGUCUCUCUGGGAACUGUGAUGACAUGGACUCUCCUCAGUCUCCUCAGGAUGAUGUUACAGAGACUCCAUCUAAUCCCAACAGUCCAAGUGCAAACCUAGCCAAGGAAGAGCAGAGGCGGAAGAAGAAGCGGCUGAAGAAGUGCAUUUUUACUGCCGUGUCAGAGGGCUAUGUGGAGGAGUUGGUGGAGCUGUUGCUGGAGCUGCAGGAGCUUUGCAAACGGCGCCGUGGCCGAGAUGUACCUGACUUUCUCAUGCACAAGCUGACAGCCUCAGACACAGGGAAGACCUGCCUGAUGAAGGCCUUGUUAAACAUCAACCCUAACACCAAGGAGAUUGUGCGGAUCCUGCUUGCCUUUGCUGAGGAGAAUGAUAUCCUGGACAGGUUCAUCAAUGCUGAGUACACAGAGGAGGCAUAUGAAGGACAGACCGCGCUGAGCAUCGCCAUCGAGCGGCGGCAGCGGGACAUCGCGGCCGCGCUCAUCGCGGCGGGCGCAGACGUGAACGCACACGCCAAGGGCGCCUUCUUCAACCCCCGGCACCAGCACGAGGGCUUCUACUUCGGAGAAACGCCCCUGGCCUUGGCAGCAUGCACCAACCAGCCUGAGAUCGUGCAGCUGCUGAUGGAGAACGAGCAAACGGACAUCACCUCCCAGGAUUCACGGGGAAACAACAUCUUGCACGCACUAGUAACAGUGGCCGAGGACUUCAAGACCCAGAACGACUUUGUUAAACGCAUGUACGACAUGAUCCUGCUGAGGAGUGGCAACUGGGAACUGGAGACGAUGUGUAACCAUGAUGGCCUCACACCACUGCAGCUGGCUGCUAAGAUGGGCAAGGCUGAGAUUCUGAAGUACAUCCUCAGUCGUGAGAUCAAGGAGAAGCCACUUCGCAGUCUGUCCAGGAAGUUCACUGACUGGGCAUAUGGUCCUGUGUCGUCCUCCCUCUAUGACCUCACCAAUGUGGACACUACAGCAGACAACUCAGUUCUGGAAAUCAUUGUCUAUAACACAAAUAUCGAUAACCGGCAUGAGAUGUUGACCCUGGAGCCUCUACACACACUGCUGCAUAUGAAGUGGAAGAAGUUUGCCAAGUACAUGUUCUUCCUGUCCUUCUGCUUCUACUUCUUCUACAACAUCACCCUGACGCUUGUCUCCUAUUACCGUCCUCGGGAAGAGGAGGCCCUCCCACAUCCUCUGGCCCUGACACACAAGAUGGGGUGGCUGCAACUCUUGGGGAGGAUGUUCGUGCUCAUCUGGGCCACGUGUAUCUCUGUGAAAGAGGGCAUUGCCAUUUUCCUGCUGAGACCUUCGGAUCUGCAGUCCAUUCUGUCCGAUGCCUGGUUUCAUUUUGUCUUUUUUGUCCAAGCUGUGCUUGUGAUACUCUCUGUCUUCUUGUACUUGUUUGCCUACAAAGAGUACCUUGCCUGCCUCGUGCUGGCCAUGGCCCUGGGCUGGGCGAACAUGCUCUACUACACACGUGGCUUCCAGUCCAUGGGCAUGUACAGCGUCAUGAUCCAGAAGGUCAUUUUGCAUGAUGUUCUGAAGUUCUUAUUUGUAUACAUUGUGUUCUUACUUGGAUUUGGAGUAGCUCUGGCCUCACUGAUUGAGAAAUGCUCCAAGGACAAAACGGAUUGCAGUUCCUAUGGCAGCUUCAGUGACGCCGUGCUGGAACUCUUCAAGCUCACCAUAGGCCUGGGUGACCUGAACAUCCAGCAGAACUCCACCUACCCUAUCCUCUUUCUGUUUCUGCUCAUCACCUAUGUCAUCCUCACCUUCGUCCUCCUCCUCAACAUGCUCAUCGCGCUGAUGGGGGAGACUGUGGAGAAUGUCUCCAAGGAGAGUGAGCGCAUCUGGCGUCUUCAGAGAGCCAGGACAAUCCUGGAGUUUGAGAAAAUGUUACCAGAAUGGCUGAGGAGCAGAUUCCGGAUGGGAGAGCUGUGCAAAGUAGCUGAGGAAGACUUCCGGCUGUGUCUUCGGAUCAAUGAGGUGAAGUGGACUGAAUGGAAAACACAUGUCUCCUUCCUUAAUGAAGAUCCCGGGCCCAUACGACGAACAGUAGAUUUCAACAAAAUCCAAGAUUCUUCCAGGAGCAACAGCAAAACCACCCUGAAUGCAUUUGAGGAAAUAGAUGAAUUUCCAGAAACCUCAGUAUAGAAGUGGCAUUCAUGAGCUU